GAGGUGAACAUGCAUAACAUCGAUGGUACUUUCUGCAUAAGAGCUAGCCUGCAUGCUACGAGACAUGAAAGGAUUUGACCGACGCCCUGCAUGCUACUCUGUUUCGAUGUUGCUAUGCUACUCUGCUUUCUAAACUCUGUUUUCGGCAGCGACUCGGGCGGCCACCCAAACCCUAGCCGCCGCCGGCGGCCGCCAUCCACCCCUCCCCUCCGCCGCUGCUAAAGGGACGUCGUGAGGCAAAGCCGCGCGGCUGACGACAGCGGCGGGGGCCCUUUCGCGUCAGCGGGCGGCUCUCGGGCUCGGGCGGGGUCUCUCUUGCUGGCCUGCGCGCCGAUCUGAGGGUUGGUGCCUGGAUCCGGCGGUUUCCAGCCUCCUCGGCGGCGGCGUGGAGCUACGCGUGCGGGCGCGGAGUUGCGAGUGGGUGGCGCUGGGCGGAGGCCUGGGGGGCGCGGUGCCUCGGGCGCGAGAGCGCGGAUUGCUUGCUGAAUAGGCACCGGCGUCCCGUGGUGGGUGGCGCUGGUGUGGGGGCUUGGGCGCGGCGGUUUGGCUGGGUUGGCGCGCAGUAUGCGGCCGAUGCAGCUCCUGGUGCCCUGUCGCCCCAGAUCUGGCAGGCGGCGGCGUCUUCUCCUGCAUCCUAUCCCGCCUCUCCGUGCUUGUGCGCUGAUGGCACUAGUUGCUGGCUUUCGGGCCGGUCCAACUUGUGCGGGGGAGGGGGAGGUGGAGGGAGUCCCAGGAUCCACGGCGACGGUGCUUUGCGUCGUCUUCUCAUGGUGCAGUGGGGGUGCUCCUCUCCCCUCUCGGGGCCUGCUGCUGCGGUCGGAGGUAUGCCAGGUCUUGGAUUUUGAGGUGAUGGCCGAGUGUCUGGCUCCAGGUGAAAACCUUGCAAAAACUUAUGUUGAUGCCAGUAACGGCAGCGCCAUUUGGCGUCGUUCUCCUCCUUGGGGCGUUGCUGAGGAGUUCAGUUCACUCAAAAUCCCUCGAGUCCGGUUUCUCCGGGUGUAAGCCCAAGAUCUAGUUUUGCUAGAUCGGGCGACGACGGCGUCAGGGGCGUCGCUACCUCCUUGGAGGCGUCGUCUUGGAGACCAUGACUAUUAGUGGUAACCGAUGACUCGCGGGGGUGGCGGUGGAGUGUAACUGAUUUAUCUCUUUUCUUCCUCGUGUAUAUAUUUACCAAUUAGAUGGCCCCCUUCCAGCCUCCACAAUAACCUGGAAAAUCUGGAAAUUUUAUGUCACCCAUGGAGUUAACAUUGAAAUAAUUAGCCUCCACAAUAACCCAUUGAGUUUGCUAGACUUAUUGUGAAGCCUCAAAAGGAGCCUAUAUCUAAUUAGUUAGUAAUAGCACGUCAGAUAAUUAAGAAUCAGCCGGCCGGCAACUCCUAGUUUGUUUGGACCGUAAUGUAGUGAGGUGUGUUGUUAGAUUAUCAAAUCACAUGCAUGCUAGCAUGUUAGCUUGCUUCCAUCAACUACCAUAAAAAUAUAGUAAUGUUUUAGCUUGGCAAAGACCUGAACCCAUUCACAAGACACAGAAGUUAGUUUAUUUAGGAUGGCUACGUUGUUCAAGAAUUGAAAAUCACAUCCUUGUGUACUCGAUCCAAUGAACCACCACAACUUUUUGGGCAAAAACCACAGCUCAUGUCAACAAUGAAGUAGAAUAAGUCAUCUGGGCUGUUUCAAGCGUCAUAUCAUUCACAAAUCUUGAGACUUUGUUAACAUUAGGGCCGCUAUCAACGGCUAACAAGCCGCUGAAAUGGACGUGCAGUUUGGACGUUCACAUAUUAUAUGUGCUGAUAUAGCCAAGCACCAAAGCCUCCUUAGGAAGGCUUGACUCACAACACCGUGCACAUUGCCGGCGAUCGCCUUCAACACAACCUCCACGCACUAGAUGAGCGGAGCGGUGCACUGAAUUCAAGAAGGAAGUGCUCUACUAACCCCUUGGUCCAACGCCAGUUUAGGACACUGACUCCUGGCAAGGAUCGACCGAUGGCUGCAUCCGCUGUUGGCACCGUUCUUGGGAAUGUGGGCAAUCUUGCUGUUCGGGAGACCAAUUUAUUAUGCGGGGUCACCCUUGAAGUUACUUUCUUGAAAGAAGAGCUGAUGCGGCUGCAGGGCUACCUCAAAGAUGCCGACAGCAAACGGACAUCCGGAAACGCAAGUGUUGCUAUCUUGAUGAGUCAGAUCAGGGAUGCUGCAUAUGAGGCUGAGAAUGUCAUCGAAGCUGCAGAUUACAUGAAGAAGAGAAACAUGAUCAAGAAGGGCUUCAUGGGUGCAAUUUCAAGGUAUGCUCGCUUACCGAGUGACUUGACUACACUUCAUAAAAUUGGUGUUGAAAUUCAGCGUGUAAGAAGGAAGCUCAAUGAGAUAUUUCAGAGUGCAGAGCGGUUGAAAAUUGACUUUAGUACUCAUGUUGUAGAUGAGCAUCUAGAAGAUUGUGGACUUAUGUACCAAGACUUUAAGGAUGAUGUUGUCAUGGUUGGCUUCCAGAACGAGUACAAAGAAAUAGUAGAUAGAUUAGUUCAGGGAGGAAAUAUCCUUAGUGUUGUCUCCAUAGUUGCCAUGGGUGCGGCAGGAAAAACAACACUUGCUAGAAAAGUAUACAAUUCAUCUGAAGUCAAACAACACUUUGGGGCACUUAUUUGGGUAACUGUAUCCCAAAAGUUCAAGGUCAUUGAUUUAUUAAUGGAAAUUCUGAAACAAAUAUCAAAUGAAGGAGAUCAAUCUAGAAAAAUGGAUGGCAUGAAUGAGUAUGAGGUGGGAAACAAGAUCCAUCAUAUCCUCAUGAAAAAAAGAUACUUGGUAGUUCUCGAUGAUGUGUGGGAAACAGACACAUGGGAGCAACUAAAUAGGACAAUUAAAGCAUUUCCAGAUGCAGCUAACUGUAGUAGAGUACUAUUGACCACAAGAAAAGAAGAUGUUGCUAAUCAUGUUGAAAUGCCAACCCGUGUUCAUGCUUUGAAGUGUUUAGAUGAAGAGAAAAGUUGGGUACUUUUCAGUAGCAAAGCUUUACCAUCGUACAAAAGGUCAGACAUACAUGAUUUGGAUAAGUUUGAAAAACUAGGGAGGAAACUUGCAAAGAAAUGUCAAGGAUUACCACUUGCACUUGCAGUUUUAGGGGGUUAUCGAUCAAAAAAUCUCAACAUGCAAGCAUGGUCUGAUGUACUAUUGGGUUGGCCAGCAACCAAAGAUACGCAGAUGAUGCGAGACAUGAUAGCUCGCAGUUACAAAGACCUACCGCAUCAUUAUUUAAGAUCAUGUUUUCUCCACUUUGCUGCUUUUCCUGAGGAUUUUGUAAUAUCCAUGUCCGAUGUUAUGAAUUUAUGGAUAGCAGAGAGCUUCAUUCCUCACACACGAAAGCACACACUAGAAGAAACAGCACGCAAGUAUGUAACUGAAUUGGUCCAAAGAAAUUUAGUCCAAGUUUUCAAAACAAGCAAUAAAUAUGGAUGGAUAGAGAAUAUAAAGAUUCACGAUAUCAUACGUGACUGGUGCGUAGAAGAAGCAAUACAAGAUGGUUUUCUUGAUGUCAUCGAUGAAACUACUACUGGACAAGUUGGUGCACCAUCAUCUCGUAUCCCGACAUCCUAUCGUUCUUCUUUUCAAAACUCGAGUGAGCAUAUUUUACAUGCACCACCUAAUCUCCGAACUUUUCUUGGCUUUGGACUUUCAUCAGUAUCUUUUCCGGAGCUAAGAUUCCUAAGAGUUCUUCAUGUUGAGAAUGCGAACCUCGAUAAUCUCUCUGAGGUAAUUUGUGGGUGCAUUCACCUACGACACCUCAUGUUGAGAGGAUGCACAAACGUGACGAUCACAUCUUCAAUCGGGAAACUCCUUAACUUGCAAACUAUAUUUGUGACAAAGUCCUACCGGGGUAAUCAACGAGAAGCAUCAAACUCCCUCUGGGAUAUACCUACUCUUAGGUAUGUUGAUAUUCCUGAAAUUUCUCUGCCAAGGCGUAUGCAGAUUCCACAAGCCCUGCGGAAGCUUCAUAUACACUCUGCUGUGGGUGAAAAGGGUAAAGACCCGAUGCCCAUCUUGGGGAUGCUUCCUUGUCUUGUGGUGCUAGAGCUGGUUAGUUAUUGGGCCGGAACCAUGUCCUUUGCUGCCCAAGGGUUUCCCCGUCUGCAAGAGUUAAUACUUGAGAGUUGUAAUAUUCGCAACUGGGCAAUGGAGAUUGGGACAAUGCCAAAGCUAUUUCGCUUGUCAAUUCUUGAGCACGGGCCGUGCGAUGGAUUCCCCAAGGGGUUGCUGCACCUUCCAUCCCUCAAGCUUGUUUCACUGUGGAGGGUGGGAAUAGAUUAUUCAAAUGACAGAAUACUGCGAGGGCUGUAUCAGAAAGGAUGCCAAGUAACAAUGCAAGGGCUGCAUCAGGCGUUUGAUCUGUUUGAAUACGCUGCAAGGGCUGAAUCAGAAAGGAUGCAACGUAACAAUGCAAGUGCUGCAUCAGGUGUUCAGUCUGUUUGAUUGAACAAAUGUGUGGAUGUUGAGUAUUUUGUAUUGAAUGGUAUGUACUAUUCUUCAAUUCUUGUAUUGGAAUUAUCACAAACAAGCUA